AUGAUUUCAGGUCGCUCGGCAUCGGCAUCCUCUCCCGCGGGCAGCCGCGUGUGUCGGAGCAGCCUGGCGCGCGUUCGCUCCGCAAGGCGCUGCCUGCGCAGCGCGCUGCUCCCGCAGGGAUCGGCUGUGGUUUCGGCUUUCAUUUCCCUCGCACGCUACACCCCAAUUCCAGACGCUCUCGGGCUUCGCUGCUGCACGGACUCUGGUCCUCUGCCGUACCCAGCUGCCCUCGGCUCCAGGGAGUGGACCAUGAAGACGUCAAUUCUAUUCUUGCUUUGCAUCUCACUUUUCCCAGGCUUUUCCCAGGGCAGAGUUGUCAGAGAGGACGAAACCGGUUUUGCCGAGUGUAACGUGUUCUUCCCUGGACAAGUCCCACCCGAAGGAUUUACGGAGCCGUUCCAUGUGAAAAUCUGUCAGCAGUACAACAAAGAGCCGCGCUUUGCAACCCUCUACAGUACUAAGGACAAAAUCCCUCUUUAUUCGGCUUUUAAGUUUACAAGGCCAGCUCAAAGUGAGGAGGAGAGCUGGCUGGUUGAACCGCAGAUAGAUGAUCCAGAAAAUGACUUACAUGAAAUGGUUCAUGAAGCUGAUAUUGGUGGCACUGUGGCCAACCUUGGUGCAAAUCAAGCCCUGACCUCAGACUAUGUGGGCUCUGGCUACGAGAGAGGCCUUCUCAAUCCCAGUUUGCUUAAUGAGGAGGAUUUCCAGGUGGCCACUUACACACUCACGAAUGCCGUCCCUCUGAGCCCAGCUCUGAGCAAAAGCUGGCAUAAAGACCUUAGGAAGGUAGUGGAGCAAGCUCUGACCCCUCACUGUUCCAAGAUGGAUCAUCUCUAUCUCCUUGCAGGUGCAAUUCCUUCCAGUGUCCAAGUGAAAGGCAAGGUGUCAGUGCCAGAGAGCCUCUGGCUGGCAGCCUGCUGUGAUGCUCCAGAGGGAUGGUCCCUGGGACUAGUGAAAAAAAUCAACGAUGAAAACAGCUUGGCAGACCUCACGGUGAGAGAGCUGGAGAAGCAGCUUCUACCAGGAGUUCACUUGUUCAAGGGCCACUGUGGGCAAGACAAACAAAACCAGGAGAAAAGAGAAGCAGUGCUGCAAGCUGUCAGUCAGAUCCGCUCUGGAGAGCAAGUAGGAGCAAGUAACAGCCAAGAGACCAAAGAAAGUGGCUGGGUGAGAAGAGUGGCUGGCAUCAUUGCUACCCCUUUCAUCAAACUUCUGGAACUCCUCAUCUACAUCUUUGUGGAACUGGUGAAGUUUGUGUUUUAUUUUCUGUGGCUUGUUGUAAAGCGAGUUGUUGGUACAAUUCUGGAUGGAGUCUACAGCCUGUGGAAUGGGGUGGUGUCCUACCUUAAAGCUGUCAGCAUGGUGCUCAUCAGCAUCCCCUAUGAUGUUGGGAGGGUCAUCAUCAACAUCUGCCUGGGCUUCCUGCAAAUUGUCCAAGAUGUGUUGUCCCUCACCUACAGGAUCCUGAGCAUCCCCGUGGGGUUCAUCCUUCACCUUGCUGCUUUCCCUUACCACUCCAUCUGUGCCAUUCCCUCUGUCCUUAAAGACAUGGCCACUGGGAUUGGGGGCACCUUCUCUCUGGUGAUCGAUGCCACAGCUGCGGUUCUGCAUGGCUUUUGUUACCUAGCUGGUCACAUCAUCAAACGGUUUGUCCCUAAAGGCUCCUCUGACGACUGAGAGGGACACGAACCGAGGCUGCAAACACACGGAAUGAAGGAGGAGUGGGGCAAUGCUUUAAGAUACGUGGCCAAAUGCUGUCAAUUUCAUUCUGGUAUUUAUUGUAGUGACAUUAAUAAUAAUGAACUGACUGGGGAAUAACAAGGGGGGGGCCAAGGCAAUGUCGCUCGGGGCCGCCACCACUGUAACUCAACAUCUGUCUGUUGUAAAAUGUUCGGGUUUUAUCGGUGCAGGACACAAAAUUUCUGUGAUUUGCAGGUGUCAAGAUGCUUCCUCUGGGAAAUGCACAUUAACUGUGGUAGAAGGUAAUUUCUUUUGGCUAUGAUGACACAGACUUAUGCAGUGGCAAUGAGCUCUGCAGAAGCCCAUCCCUUCCAAGGAGCAGGUGGUGGUGGUGGUUAGGGGAGGACAUGAGUUACAGAGGGACUUGAUAAAAGGAGAGGGAGGCAAGAGUACAAGGGCUUGGGGCUGGGAAACAGCAGGGAGCAGGGUGGAAUGGAGGCAAAGUCCUGCUGUUGGCUGCAUUUGCUUAUUUCUCUGGUGUCCCACUGGUGGAGGGGAUAGAGCUGGGUAAAUCUCACAGUCUUCAGGCCUUUCCAGACACCUGAAAUUGCAUGGAUCUUGCUGCCAGGAAAGACCCACUGCCCAUAUUUUUUGCAUGGUGGGAAAGCAUUUUUCCUCAGCCAUACCAAGGUCAUCUUCCCCCAACCUUUCCUUGCUGUCUGGUGACUGCUGAAGGUCAGAGCCCUGAAUCUUCAAGAUGUGGUGUUUUCUGAAGAUCUAAGCCCAUGAACGUCUUAGCCCUGAAGCCCUCGUGUCUGCUCCAAUGCCCAGCAGAUCUGGGAGCCGCACUUUUGGAUUCAAAUCUGUCACCACCUGCCUUGUUUCCCCCUUGAGAGCUGACUGCUGCUGAAGCAUGUAGGGAACUAUGGACUGUCAGGUGGGAGGAGAGGCAGGAGGGAUCCUGGGCUGCAGCGCUUGUUUUGCUGUGUGAAGACCCUCCUGGUGAGCCCGUGCACAAAGAGACACCUUAACGCCAGAAGUGGAACCAACUCCUCUUCUGCACUGCUCAUCCUCACUGCUCACUCUUCACCCCUUCUUCCCUCUGCCAGCGUGAGCCAUGUCCCCCAACAUCUGCACUGCUGGGGCUGGGGCAUACAUCAGGGCUUUGCAGGGGACCAGCAAGUGUUUGCAGCCAGAUGAGGGGCACAGAGACAUCUGCCACUGCUGGAGAAGGGCACAGGAGGGCUGCCCUUCCCUGGGGCUUGGCUCAGCAAGGGGCUUUGGAUCUCUUGGUGCAGUUACCUGCAGAGGGAGGCUUCCUGUCUCAGCAGCCUUUACUUUGGCUGGACUCCAAGAGGCAUUUGGGAGUCCUACAUGCAUGGUUCUGUCCUUUCACACCCAUCAGUGUCUACCUCCAGCGCUAGCUUGGUGUGGACCCCUGAUCUACCAUAACAUCCCAUAAUGAGUCCCAGGGGUGAGCAGGCUGGUGCUGCCAUCUCAGUGGUGCUGUUGGUGGUGGCCUGUCCUGGGUUGAAGUUAGUUACUGGCAUGGCAGCUUUGCCUCUCUGCAUCAUGCAGCCUGCAGCAAGGCUGAGCUGGCACGGAUGGAUUCAGAGGGAAAAGGAGAUCUGGCUUGUUCAUGAUGGGGCAGAGCUAUUUCUUUAGCUCAGGGGCUGUGCUCAAUGCAACCAGAUGUGUAUGCACAUCCCAGCCCAGUACACCCUGGCCAGGUGGCACCCUGCUCAGCAGUGAUGCAAAUGGCAGAUCUGGGGAUGCCAGCUAGUGGGGAAGCAGUGGCAUGAGUGAAAAGAGAGGACGACACCUUGUCUCACCCUUCAUGGGCCACCACUGGUUUAUGGAGAAAGAGAGGCUGUCUGCAGGCAGAACUGGCCUUGUUCAAAAGGAAAGGCAGCUUUUGUGUGCCAGUAUGGGUUGUAGUUGGGUAAAGUCAGUGGUGUUUUGCUAUUGGAAAGUUGGGUGCAAGGGGCAAAAUCACUGCUCCUAAGAGAGCAGCCAGUGGAUGCUCUCUAAACUGACCUCUGCAUGUCUGCACACUCAAACAUGCCUGGUCUGCUGUCAAGACAGAUGUGGAGCUGAUUCUCACUCCUCCGUGAGACCCUGUCUCAAUCCUGGUGCUCCUCUAGGGCUACAUGGCAGCUGUCAAGGCAGGAAAGAAGCCAGCUCAGGCCCCAGGGGAUGCUAGGGUGGGGUGACAGGGGGUCCCAGGAUCCCUAGCAGCCUCUGAAGGCACAUAUAAUGGCAGAAGCUCUCAAAUACAGCCCAAGCACUGGGGAGAAGGGGUAGCUGCCCCCACAGCUGUCUUGCAUCUUCUGUAUGGCCUUAUUUCUGACUCUUCUUAGCUGUGUGGCACUGCACAGCAGCCAGCCACGCACUUCCUGGGGCUCUGUACCCAGAGCAGCUUCCCUGCACCUGAACCCAGCAGCCCCUGCAUCCCAGGCCCACCAGCAUCUCCAGUGCAGCUCUGCAGUUGCAGGGACAUGGAGCAAGCAGAUCCUCAUGUGCUGAUAAGCAGCAAAGCUGGGGCACCUCAGGACUGCACCGUCCAUUUGCCACCACCAUUGCUACCCCACCUAGCUCAGGCCAGCACAUCUCUGCUGCAGCCAUGACUUCUGACAGUCCUUGGAAUCUGAGGUGCUGCAGCUCUCUAUAGCAUUUGGGCAGAUGUGCAACACUAUUAUUAAAACUGUCUUAACAUGCUCAGAUUUCAAAUGCUGAGAACAGUAACUGGCAAGGGGCAUUUCUCUUCUGUGCUGCAUGUCUGAGCAGGCAGUGGGAAAUCUGCCUUGAACAUCCAGCAAUUAUCACAGAACAAGCAACAUCCUGCAAAAAAACACUGUUUGAGAUUCUUCUUAUCUAAGCAUGAUUUAUGGCUCCUGAGCUUUACUCUAUCCUUGGAAACGUAUGGCUUCAACAAAAUAAAAUGACUUUUCCUAAGAGGGGCUGGUAUCGCUUUCUGUCACAGUUGCAAAUGAGAUAAUACAACCUAGGGUGUCCUGGAUAAUCAAGAAAACACCAGCAGCACAGUUUUUCCUUGUAACAGCUUGACAUCUGAUAUUAAUGGCUCUUUUGUGCUUUUAAAACACCUUUCCUCUCUCAAAGCACUCUAGGGCUCAAUUAAUUAAGCGCAGAAUAAGUUGUUGAAAGCUGAGGUGUUGCAGGCAGUGUGUGUGCCAGGAGAGGGGACUGUUUUAUUCUUGUCAGAUGCAGUGAGAUGCACCUGGAGUCCAUCAUGGUAGCCAGUUUCCAUACAGAAAUCCCAGCACAGCAGCACAGUUCUUCACAGCUCACAGAGAGAAACUUCCUCUUGUGCAGUGCUGGUCCCUGGACUGGCUUUGUCACAUCUUCUUUACCUUCCCUAACAGAGGUAAUUAUACUCCUCUCAAAGUAUGGAGGUCCUGUGAUGAGUAAACCGGAUGUUGGCACCUCUGUUUUGCAGGCACCUCUCUUUGGGCAGAGGAACCCCUGCAGCUGAGUCUGCAUCUGUCUCAAGUCUGGCACUGGUGCAGGUUGCCUGGAGAAGCUGUGGAUGCCCCAUCACUGGAAAUGGUCAAGUUGGCAGAUUGAAUGGAGCUUUGAUCAACGUGGUCUAGUGGAAAGUCUCCCUGCCCUAACCAGAUCACCCCAAGCUUUUGACACAGGAGUCUCUGCACCUUGAGGUGACCCUUGUCUCUGCUGCAUCCACCCACAAUGGCAGAGGGACUCAGUAGCCCUUGCAGGACAGCCCCUCAGUCUCAGGCCCUCUGGGUCACGCCUCUGCUACUAUUGCACGUUUGCUGCUCCCCUUGCAUGGAACCCCAUCAGCAGCUCCCUCCCUCCCUCUGGCCUGGGAGCUGCCCCUGCUCAGCAGGGAAUUGUGCCAUGCUCCUCACAGGUUAUCUCUCCAGCAGAGUCAGCGCCAGAAAAUGGAAAAGGGAUUGGAAAAUAAAUACCCGUGUAACUCGUUUGGCCAGGAGGGAUUGUCUGGGAGCAAGGAGUGUGAGGUGUGUGUGUUAGUGAGGUUGCAACACUGUGGGUUCGGCACGGGAUGAUUUCUCUCUGCUGCACAGACUCCUGGGCUGUUGGACUGACUCUGGUGGAUCUCACGCUGGGUAACAUCUGCUAUUGAUUUCCACAGAACUGGUGUUUCCAGCCAAGCAGAAACGCCUAAAGACUUUCCAGUUGUGUUAGUGUUACAGCUGCUUGGAAAAUCUCCAAGGAAUUAUAUUCUGUCAGAAUGGGGUGAUUUAUCAUACAGGGUUCUUUUCAUGGCAAUUUACCACUUUUAAUGGAAAAUAUUUUUCGAGUCCAGGUUGGAACAAGGACAGGAAACAUCCAAGAGCAGCCCAGGGUCUGGAUUAGUGGUUUGGAUGUGGACAUUCAGCACCCACUCCUGCCUAACAGCAGAUCUGGCAUGUAAACGGGGCUCUUUCUGUCUCAGAGACAUGUCCUUCAGCCAUGGCCCAUCUUAGCAUAUGUGUGAUUUUCUUCCAUUUGUAAGGGUGAAAAAACCCUGUCUCCUUUCCAAAAUACUGAAAUCGUGACAGUAUCCUUGGGACGUAGA